UUAGGUAUGCGCUUAUGCCUAUAAAACCAAAGGCCCAUCGGUUCCCAACUUCAUCAUUUCAUCACCAAAUUAAUUUGGCAGCAAAUUGAAGAAGUGAUUGCUUAAUCAUGAUGAACAACCAAGUAAUCCUCAGUCUCACCUUAGCCAUCUUCUUCGCAGGUGCACAUGCAGCUACGAUCACCUUCACCAACAGUUGCCCCUAUACCGUAUGGCCAGGGUCCCUAACCUCCGAUCAACAACCACAACUAUCCUCCACAGGGUUCGAGUUAGCAUCCGGCGCUAGCAGUUCCUUGACCACUCCAGUCCCAUGGAAAGGCCGCUUCUGGGGCCGAACCGGAUGCUCCACUGACGCCUCAGGAAAGUUCAGUUGUGCCACAGCAGAGUGUAGCUCUGGCCAAGUCACAUGCAACGGUAACGGAGCAGUUCCACCAGCAAGCCUAGUCGAAAUAAAUAUUGUCGCAAACGGAGGCCAAGAUUUCUACGACGUAAGUCUUGUUGAUGGCUUCAACUUGCCCGUGUCUGUUGCCCCACAAGGCGGCACGGGCGACUGCCAGACCUCUUCUUGCCCCGCCAACGUCAACGCUGUUUGCCCAGCUGAGCUGCAAGUGAAGGGGUCCGAUGGGAGCGUAAUUGCAUGCAAGAGUGCGUGUACACAAUUUAAUCAACCACAAUACUGCUGCACUCCUCCUAAUGACACACCAGCUACAUGUCCACCCACAGACUACUCUAAGAUCUUUGAGGACCAGUGCCCUCAGGCUUAUAGCUACGCUUAUGAUGAUGUCAACAGCACCUUUACAUGCAGCGGUGGACCAAACUACGUUAUUACAUUCUGUCCAUCACCCUAAAAAUAGAACUAGAAAGGAUAUUAUGUAAUAUCCCUUUAUAUCAUACUAAAGGAGAAAUAAACUUUAUGAAUUUUGACGCUUAGUAUUGUCAUGAAUUUGUAAUAAUUUCAAUGAAAUAAAUAAAGAAUAAUACUCUUGCAUUCCCCUCUUCGGGGAUGAGCUAUUCA